AGAGUACUUCCUGUUUGGGAGACUAUCCAGGAAGCAGCAGCGAGUGUCGUGUGUGUCGUGUCUCACGUUCGCAAAGCGUGUGAGUCAAAGAUGAGCAACAUGCUUGUUUCCGUCUGUGCAACUUGCGCGUCUUGGCUUGCUUUUCAAAGUGACACCUCGGUGAUUUUGGGGAACUGAUCCGAUGCUUAGCUCUCCACUCUGUGCUGAUAAACCAGCUGUGUGCAUCUUGUUGAUCGCCAUGGCCCAGGUAGCCGGCCAGGAAGACGGAGAGAAAACAACAGCGCUCAAAGACUUGCUGUCAAGAAUAGAUUUAGAUGAACUCAUGAAGAAGGAUGAACCCCCCUUCACCUUCCCCAAAACCCUGGAGGAGUUUGAAUAUGCCUUCAAUGAUUACGGUCAACUCCGACACACAAAGACAGGAGACGCUUUUAUCUUCAACGCACGAGAGGAUCUCCACCGCUGGAACCAGAAACGUUACGAAGCUCUCGGAGAGAUUGUCACUCAGCAUGUUUAUGAGCUUCUGGAGAAAAAGUGCAACAUGACGAAAGCAAUCCUACCAGUAGAUGCCGCUGUAGAUGAGCCCACUAGUUUCAUCUACCUCAGCCCCGACGCCUUGUCCAAUCCAUCCAAGCUCCUGGUGCUGAUCCAGGGCAGUGGUGUGGUGCGGGCCGGUCAGUGGGCCCGCAGACUCAUCAUCAACCAGGACUUGGACUCUGGAACUCAAAUACCCUUCAUCACCAGAGCAAUGGAGGAGGGCUAUAGCGUGAUCAUACUCAACCCAAAUGAGAACUACCUGGAGGUGGAGAAAUCGUCCAAGUCCUCCACUCAGCCCCCUACGACCGAACCCUCUGACGAACCGGCCGAAAAGAAGGAGCGAAAAGAUGACAAGGAGGGCAAGAAGAGGAGAGAAUUUUACGAGAAGUACCGCAACCCACAGAAGGAGACGGAGACAGAGCGGAUCCCCAUACGGGAAAACGGUUCCUCUGAGGAACACGUGCUGUAUGUGUGGGAUCACUUUGUGGCCAAAGCUGCAGCCAAGCAUGUCUUCAUUGUGGCCCACAGCUAUGGUGGGCUGUCUUUUGUCGAGCUGAUGAAUCUGAGGGAAGCUGAGGUAAGGAACAAAGUGUGUGCUGUGGCUCUGACGGAUUCGGCUCACAACAUGUGGCUGCAGGAGACCAGCAAAAGCACACAGGAAUGGAUGCAGCAGCAUUGUUGCAACUGGGUCUCAAGUCCAGAACCUUUGGACACACCCCUGGACUCCAUGCUCCCAGACUGCCCACGCGUCUCUGCAGGCACAGAACGGCACGAGUUGACCUCCUGGAUGAGUUUUAACUCCAUCUUUAAGUUCUUCAGCGAGGUCGCCGAGGCGAAAGAGGACGAGGAGGCAGAGGAGACAUCCAACACUGUUACCACGCGCAGCAGCUCCCUCAAAGGCAAACACCAAGAUUUGUGAAACAACAAUAACGACGGCGACUUAAUUGGAGCGAUAGUGUAGCGUGUACAGUGGGGGUUACAGAUGAAGGAGGCUAAGGACUUGGGUUGUUUUCUAGCUAAUUUCUGACUUCCUUCUUCAAUUCCCUGCGUGUUAUUUCUCCCUUCUGGCUUUAAACACCAGCCUAUUUCUGUUGUUUUUGUUUUGGUAAGAGACAAGAGUUCAGCUCAACAUCACAAUAACAUUUUGUUUUCUUCUAAAAUGAGCGUAACUGUCAAACUAAUAUGUGUGGGGGUGUUUGUGCUUUCCAAGGGUUAGAUAGAUAAGCUCACUCAGGAUUGAUACAGUGCCCUGUGGUACACCUCACAUCAACCGCCCUGCGGUCAGAGUUGUUGAACUCUUCCUUUUUUUUUUUUUUUUUUUUUUUUAGCUCGCUUUAAUUGUUUGUAGUCAGCAUCUUGACCAUUUGUUGGUGUUGUUUUUAUGAUUUCAUUGUCGCACUCCGAUGCACACAAUUUUUUAAACUCAUUUACUGAGCUAAAUUUGGAGGCACACUGUUUAGUUAUGUAUACAUGUCUGUUGUCUUCAUUCAGUGCAGCGGAAAAAAAUGCCCUCUGCGUAAUUUCCCCAAUUUAUUUUUAAGCCCAUCAAAGAUGUAAAUGUCAGACAAAGAUAACACACGUUAACAUAAAAUGCAGUUUUUAAAUUGUGGUUUUAUUUAUUGAAGAAAAAAUAUUUGUUUGUUUAGUUUUUUGUUUUCUCAGAAUUCGAUUUUACAAAACACUUAAUUCUUCAAGGUCACGAUUUACUAGACUAAUAAAAUGAUUCUGUAGGCAUGUUUUUCCCAGCAAAUGCCAAAUUUUUCCAUCAUGCUUUGCUAGAGCCCAUCUAGUGGCCUUGAAAAAGGUGCUUGAUGCUCAAAAACCCUCCAGUCUUACUGAAUUAAAGCAAAGGAAGAGUGGGCCAAAGUAUGGUGAAAGACUCAUUGCCAGUUGGAGAAAAUGUUUGGUUUCAGUUGUUGCCACUGAGGGUGGCCCAACCAGUUAUAGGGAGCAAGCAUUUUUAGCCGUUUUUAUUAUUGCUGUGUUUUAUGUUUAUUUGGGUUAUCUUUGUCAUUCAUGUUUGUUUGAUGAUCUCAAACAAAACAAAGGGGGGGUACAUUUGAGACGUGGGCAACUACUUUUUCAUUGCACUGUAGGUUUAGACCGGAUACCUGCAAGUGAUUGAAUGCACGCCAAUCCAAACAAAACCAACCCAAUCUGCGCCGAGUACCUAAAAUGCGGUCAGCGAGCACGUUUUAAAAAUCACUUAAAGUCGAGCAUCAAAUGGAUUUAAGGGACAUCGCAUUUGAACAGGAGCUCGAAAUCAACUCUCAACACUCACAAAGCCUGAAGAGAUGACACAUGUCAGGAAAUCUAAGAUCUCAAUAUUAUUCUAAGCCUGAAUGAUGUUAGAGAAAAAUAUAACGUAUCUAUUUUUUUUUUCCCUCCCCACCACCGCUAAAGUCCUUCGCUAGUGUUCUUAAACGUGACAAGCGGCUGCUCAGUCGUGCAUAAUCUCGGGUAUGUGACACAAACAUGAUCAGUUUUUUUUUUUUAAGUUUCAUAAACCACUCAAGGCUUAACGGGAUACGCUUCUUAAAGUGGCGACAUUAACGCCAAAUCUCCAAGCCAUUGGCAAAUCUCGUGAUACCUCAGACACUUUCUUAAAUAUGUACUUUCCUCUUAUUCCCCCUUCACUUCACACCAUGACUAUUGUUUAACUUUGAGCUGUGAAAUCCUAUUUCUCCCCCCACGCCCAUUCCGUGGAUGUGUAAAUGUGUGUGUGGCUUAAUGCUUUUGAGGAUUAUCUUUGUGCUGUAAUGAGACAACUGUGGCUGAUGGUUUCAAGGCCUAAUUUCCUUUUAAUUUGAUUCCCAUCUCUCCUGGUUUCAGCACAAAAAAAAAGGAAAAAAAUGAUUUGCUUAUUAUUUGAUUGGAUGAUUUUGGUUUCCAGAUAGCGUUGCUCAUCUUUCUGUAUUUCAAGGGCAAAAUCUGCUCAUUUUCCUCCUCUCCAUAAUUGUAUAUUGUUGCCUUGAGGGAACAAACAAGGCUCGGUGCUUCUAAUAACAAGCCAAAGGAAGAUCGAAGUGGAGAUGAAAGAGCGGCCGGAAUCCAAAGCAGCGUCUGCAAAGAAAUAAAAGGUUUUUUUAUUUUGCCAAUUUCUCUUCAAGACGUUAUUUUUCAUACUUGGGCCUUUGUAUUCCUGUAAUAAAAUACCUGCAUUCUUGUUUGGAUUUGAUGAAA